AUGUCUUUAAAUCUUCCCCCUUUGGACGAAGAUAUCAAAUCCGAGAUUGAAAAAAGGAAAGAAGAAAUUCGAAAAAAGAGAGAACUACUGGAGCAAUAUAAAAACAAGAAGAAUGCCAGUUUAUCAACCCAAAUUCGAUUCAAUAAUUUAAUAUCUAGUAAUACAAACCAACAUCAUAGCGAAUUAAUAUCAUCGGAGCCUCAAAAGAAUACAACCAGCAAAGGAGCCUCCACUAAUUCUUUGGUGGAACCUAAAGCUGCGUCAUCCUUUCCACAAGCUGUAUUAAUGAAUCAAUUACAAGGAGGCAGUGCUGCUCUGGAAGUCAACAGACCUAGGGUUUUACAAUUAUAUGCUAGGAUAAAUGAAAUUGAUGUGGCCCCGUUGGUGCCCCUUAAAUAUUCUAAAGAAACACAAUCAGACGAAAAUUUUGCAAAUUAUAGCAUAACAAGUAUAGAAAAAGAUCUUCUAAACGAUGAAGGAAUUAAUAUUGACAUUAUGGACGAUGAUGAUUCAGAUUAUUUUUCAUCACUUAAUACAUUAGAGAUUUUGGACGUAAAAAACGUGGAAGAAAAGAAAAAGAUGCCUUCCGAGGACACAGAGAAAAGGUAUAAGGACAUUAUUUCCACAAGAGAGUUUCAAGAAUUUUUCUUUAAGGCUUCACAUUAUGUGGAACGGUGUAUAAAACAACCGUUUGAUCCCCUUGUAGACUACACCGACGAUCGAUCAUGUUCCUUUCAAGCCAACACUUCUGGUGCGGCCAAGAUUGAGGCUGUAUUUUUUGAUUCAGAGCUAUGCCAGCACAAGUCCGUGACUGAUCUAUCAUGGUCACCAAAAUUUGAAGACUUAUUUCUUGUUGCAUACAGCAGCACCGACGUUAGCCAUGACCACGAAGGUCUUGUUCUGAUUUGGUCACACCACUAUCCAAAGCGCAAAGAAAAUGCUCUUUUUUGUGACACAUCAAUAAGUGCAGCACAAUUCUAUCCCUACAAUCCAAGCCUUGUCAUUGGAGGAACAUAUACCGGACAAAUCGUAAUUUGGGAUUUAAGAGAAAAAACAUCAUCCCCUGUUAUUAGAACAGCCAUAAGUUCGAGAACUCAUACAGAGCCAAUCUUUGGCAUGGAGGUGGUUGGCAGCUCAGAAAAUAGUCAUAAUCUUGUGACAAUGAGCACCGACGGAAGAGUAUGUACUUGGUCAAUGAAUAAGCUUGAUUCUCCUCCCGAGGUGAUUGACCUGUACAUUAACGCAGUUAAGUCACAAGAACCAGAACAGAUGGCUCCACUUUCACAGAAUACUGACCUCAAUCUUCAAUCAAAAAGUUUCUACAGUCCAGUUACGUUAUUGAGCCAAAGUAUGACAUUUCCCAAAGGAGAAGUUAAUAGGUUUUAUGUAGGCACUGAGAAUGGUUCAAUUUAUUCAGCUCAUCGCUUUGGAAGCAAAAAAGGAGCUAACAAUGAAAUUUAUUCAGGUCAUUUUGCUCCUAUUACUUCAUUAGUUUCUCAUCCAUCUCUUGAAUUCUCAGAAAUUAUGUUAUCAUCAAGCAUGGAUUGGACAUGUAAAUUAUGGAGUCAUAAGAAGCACACACCUCUCCUGUCAUUUGAUGAGUUUGAGGAUUAUGUGUUUGAUGUUAAAUGGUCACCGUCAAAUCCUUCAUUAUUUGCAGCUUCUGACGGGUCUGGGUGUUUGAGCUUGUGGAAUAUCAACCAGGACCAAGAAAUGCCAGUUUUCAAAAUUUCAACUGGGGCUUCUGCUCUGAACAAACUUCAGUGGUCAAAUGACGGAAAAAGAAUUGCGACUGGAUCAAUAUCUGGAAAUGUUACAAUGUUAAAGAUUGAUGAGGAAACAGCAAUUCCAAAGGCAAGAGAUCUUGAAUCUAAAUUAUUGGAAUCCAUUAUUGUAGAUCUACUCACGGAAAACUAUUAA